AUGUCGUCCACCAGCAACGCCUCCAUUGACAAGUUCAACGGAGACAAUUACGCAACGUGGAGCCGGUACAUGCGCGGUGUGUUUUUGACGAAGUCCGUCUGGCACGUUGUCAACCGUGAAGUGACUCCGACUUUCACCGACCCGCGAGCGUCCGAUGACUACGUCAAGGCAAGCAACGUCGCGUUUGGUAUGAUGCUGCUGCACAUGAACGCGGACUACCAUCAUGUGCUGGACAACUGCGAGGAAGCCUGGGUUGCGUGGACAAGUCUGAAGACGCUGUACGGUGGGUCGCAGAAGGCAGGACGCAUCUACCUCAAGCGACAACUUUUCAGUAUCAAGAUGGCUGAAGGCGCGAACGUCAUGCAUCACUGCAACGAGGUCCUCAACAUCUCCGCCAAGCUUAGCGGCAUCGGUGCGAAGAUGGAAGACGAAGACGUUGCAAUUUGUCUGCUACUCAGUCUUCCGAAGAGCUACGAAAAUGUGGUGCUCAACAUGGAAAUGAGCAGCACCGAGCUUCGCACUCAAGAUGUGGUGAGAGUCCUGACGAAUGAGCAUGCCAAGCGUCAAGGAGCAAAAGGGACAACGACAGCGACUACGGUGAAGGCUGAAGAUGCAAGCAAGGCAUUCAGCGCCGAGCGUGAGCCCUACCAAUGCACGUAUUGUGGCAAGGUGGGACACACGGUGGAUCGUUGCUGGACAAAGCAGAAGAACGAAGGUCGGGGAGCCCGACGCGGCGGCAAUGGUCGUGGACGCGGGGCUAACAAUGUCCAGUGGGGACAUCAUGAUGAAGGCAAUGGCUACGAUCGAGUGGCGUUUGCAGUCUUGUUCGAAUGUGGAGUUUCGACGAGCAAGGACGUGUCUGGAAUGUGGGCCGUCGACAGUGGUGCAACGCACCACAUUUGCCACGACAAGACCAAGUUCGCAAGUUUGGCAGAGCGCAAUGAGGGCGAACUCUUGGUGGCUGAUGGCAACAAGGUGGCCAUCAAGGGUGUGGGAACCAUCAUGGAAAAGGUGGUUCUGCCCAACGGUGAAGAGCGUGAGAUCGAAAUCAAGAACGCGCUAUAUGUUCCAAGUAUGAGCAAGAACCUGCUCUCGGUGCCACAGAUUAACAGCCAUGGCAAGUUUCAAGUCAUGUUUGACGGGUCCAAGAUGUAUGUGACUCUCAAGAACUCACAGCAAGUGGUGGCGACAGCGGAUCUCGUGGAUGGACUCUACUGGCUUCGGACGACUCAACGAUCAGCGAAUGUGACAACAAGUGGAACCAGUUGUGCCGAUCUACAUGCGAGAAUGGGUCAUGCUCCAGUCGAUGUACUUCGCAAGAUGAUCGCGACCAACAUGAUCAAGGAUGUGCGAGUCCCUCUCAAGUCGGGUGGAGCAACUACAUGUCGAGGAUGUCAACAAGGGAAAAUGGUCCAAAAACCAUUUCCAAGCAACCGAGACAAGCGCAGCUACGAUACGUUUGAGCUACUUCAUCUGGACAUCUGCGGGCCCAUGGAAAAGGAUUCGCUCGGUGGCAGCAAAUAUUUGCUGCUGAUCAUCGACGAAGCCAGUGGAUGCAUGAAGGGCUUUUGUCUACGAGUGAAGUCCGAGAGUGAAGACUACAUCCGGAAAUAUAUCACCAUGGUACAGACGCAAUUCUGUAAGAAGGUCAAGUUCGUGCGACACGACGGAGCUCGCGAGUUUGCAACCAACUCGCUUCAACUGUUCUACGAAGACGAAGGCAUUGAACAGCAGACAACGGUGCCGUAUGCACAUCAAACAAACGGAACAGCAGAGCGUGCCAUUAGGACUAUUGUCACGAUCGGUCGCAGCAUGCUUCAUCAUGCCAAACUGGACAAGUGUUUCUGGGCCGAAGCAGCGAUGACGGCCAUCUACGUCAAGAAUCGACUGCCGUCACCUAAAGUCGUGCACAAGACCCCGUUUGAGAUCGUCUACAACUUGAAACCAAGCGUCAAGCACAUGCGAACAUUCGGGUGUCAGACAUACAUACUGACGCCUAAAGAGAAUCGACUCAAGUGGGAUCCAAAGGCUCGCGCUGGCAUAUUCGUGGGCUACGAAGAAGUUUCGAAGGCAUAUCGUGUUUAUGACAUCGAGGCGGGGCAGGUGGUUAUCAGCCGCGAUGUCAACUUCGACGAGUCCACCUUUGGACUUCAACUGCCGAUCACUGAUGAAGAUGUCGAUGACCUGGACUUCGAAUUGCUGGAUCUUGAUGACGAAGAGCUGCGUCAAAUGGAGUACAAGCAAACAGGCAAGCGCAAGAACCGACUCAAUGAUGAAGAUACAGCAGCUCCACGACCGCGUGCAGUGCGUCAACGACCAGGACUAGAAGAGUCAAGCGCGCCGGAAAACAACUCGUCACGACAAGAAGAAGACGAAGAAACGAAGGAUUCUGGUGAUUCAACACCGCCUGUGCUUUGGCGUGCGAUUGCAAAUGCCGUUGAAGCAGCAGUGGACUUAUCAGAACCCUCAACAUUUGAAGCAGCAGUAAGCGGCCCUGACCAAGUGCACUGGAGAAAAGCAAUUCAUGCAGAGCUCGAGUCAAUGCGACUUCGCGGUGUGUUUCGUGCAGCCAAGCUGCCCAACGGACAACGCGCCAUUGGCACAAAAUGGGUGUUCAAGAUCAAGCGCAAGGCGGAUGGGUCAAUCGAGAAGUACAAGGCAUGA